AUGUCUCACUUAGUUGAGCCGCUGCCACCCCUGCACAACAACUGUGAGGAAGGGGAGCAGUCCCUGCCGCCCGCCGCUGGCCUCAACAGUUCCUGGGUGGAGCUCCCCAUGAACAGCAGCAAUGGCAAUGAGAAUGGCAAUGGCAAGAAUGGAGGGCUGGAGCACGUCCCUUCCUCAUCCUCAAUCCACAAUGGAGACGAAGAGAAGAUCCUUCUGGAUGCACAGCAUGAGUCAGGACAGAGCAGCUCAAGAGGCAGUUCUCACUGUGACAGCCCUUCACCACAAGAAGAUGGACAGAUCAUGUUUGAUGUUGAGAUGCACACCAGCAGGGACCAUAGCUCUCAGUCAGAUGAAGAAGUUGUUGAAGGAGAGAAAGAAGUUGAGGCUUUGAACAAAAGUGCAGACUGGGUAUCAGACUGGUCCAGUAGACCUGAAAACAUCCCACCCAAAGAGUUCCAUUUCAGACACCCUAAACGUGCUGUGUCUCUAAGCAUGAGGAAGAGUGGAGCCAUGAAGAAAGGGGGCAUUUUCUCUGCCGAGUUCCUAAAGGUCUUCAUCCCGUCUCUCUUCCUCUCUCACGUGUUGGCUUUGGGGCUGGGCAUCAAUAUUGGAAAAUGACUGAGCACACCUUCUGCCAGCACCUACUGAGGGAAACGAAAAGCCUCUGGAAAUGUGCGUGGCCUGUGAAGUGCUGUAUUGUAGUUUGAAUUUGAGACCGAUUGUAAGCAUGAUCCCCAACCUACAACCCCAUUUUUACAUACCCAAUUCCAGUAACUCUCAAAUCUAGGAUUUUCCUCAGGCUCUGUGAGGCAUUUUACUAACCUUGUUCCCUUUUUUGGCCUGUCAGACACUUUAGAGAUUCCUAACAGAGUUUACUGUCAUUUAGAAAUUUGCAAGGGCUUUUUUCAGCGAUGCCACCAGCAGAUGAUAAUCUUGUCAACAAUGCCAUCGUCUCCUCUAGUACCACCAGAGUCACACCUGCGUCAUCCAUGCUAGAAACUGGAUUCUAGCCAUGCAACUGCAUCUCUUUCUAAAUGAGGUCAGGUUUGCAAACAAUACUAUAAAAGCUUUGUUUAGUUUUUGUUUUCCAGGACAAAAACAAGCUUCCCCAAGCUUGAAUUUAUAGUUAUUAAAAACAAAAGAAAACAA